GUGUAGCUCAUAUGGUAGAGCGCUCGCUUCGCAUGCGAGAGGCACGGGGUUCGAUUCCCCGCACCUCCACAUUAAUUUUCCCUUUUUUUUUUUUUUUUUUUUUUUUUUUUUUGAUUUCGUUGUCGAGGUGACACACACGCACACACACUGGCACAUACUCGCACAUCCAGUGUAGGGAGGAAACCCUAAAAAAAAUAUUUUUGCUCGGUUCCGAAGACCACCCCAUCUUGCUGAACCCUCUCUCUAAUUUUCUAAUAAAACUAGAUAAAGUUACGAGGGAUGAGGCGCAAAAAGAGUAGGUUGUUUAUGGACGGUGGCGACCGAUCCCACUCCCACAGAAGCAGCGGCGGCGGCGGCGGCGGCCCCGGGAGCGAGCUCUUCAUCUGCUUCACCUCCCGCCCCUCCUCCUCGUCCUCCUCCUCCGCCGCCGCCGCCAUGCGCGCCCCCUCCUCCAAGUCCCUCCUCAGCCCCGGCCGCAACGGCGCCGGCGCCGGCGCCGGCGCCGCCCCCUCCGCCGCGGCGGCGCCGUCGCUCUCCGCCUCCCUCAGCCGCCGCCUCCGCAGCAGCGGAAGCGUCAAGGGCGCCCAGUCCCCCAUGUUCCCCGCCGCGGCGGCGGCGGCGGCGGCGGCGGCGGGGGGAGGGCGGCGCAAAGGCGCCGCCUUUGAGGCGGCGGAGCCGACCUCGCCCAAGGUGACUUGCAUCGGGCAGGUGCGGGUGAAGGGGAAGAAGAAGAAGAAGGGGCAGGCGCUGCGGUCGCGGUCGCGGAGGGAGGCGAGCUUCAGGCGCGAGGGGGCGGGGAGGGAGAGGGGCCAGGGGUGGGUGCACCAGAUCCCGGUGAGCAUCUGCGAGGCGCUCAGGGCGAUUGGGUCGGAGUUUAGCUGCCUCCUCCCCUGCGGGGGGAGGUCGUUUUGCUCCUCCGCCUCCUCGUCGUCGAAGGCGACGAACGCGGCGGCGGAGGAGGAGGAGGAGGAGGAGAAGGGGCGCGGGGAGAAGCCGCGGGGGAUGGGGUCGUGCGGGGCUGCGUUCGCGAGGUGGCUCAUGGCGGUGGAGGAGAGCGAGGAGGGGAAGCGGGGUAAGGUGGUGGGCGUGGUCGUGGAGGAGAGGGAGGAGGAGAUGGGGUUCUUGACGAGGGAGAAGGUGGCGGUGGCGGUGGCGGUGGCGGAGGCGGAGAAGAAAGACGAGAUCUUGGUGAUGGGGAAGGAGAAGGAGGAGGAGGAGGUGGAGGGGGCGGAGGAGGAGGAGGGGGAGGAGGAGGAGGCGGCGAGGGUGAGUGUGUGCGUGCCGCCGAGGAAUGCGCUGUUGCUUAUGCGGUGUAGAUCCGAUCCGGUUCGGAUGGCGGCGUUGGCGAAUCGGUUCUGGGGAUCUCCGUCGAUGAAGGUGCAAGAGGAAGAAGAGGGAGAAGACGAGGAGGAAGAAGAAGAGGAGGAAGAUGAAGAAGAAGAGGAGGAGGAGGAAGAAGAGAACAGUGGAGAGAGAGAUGAAUUGGGUGGAGAGGGUUGUGUAGAAGUUGGUGUGGAAGAGAAUGACGGAGGAGCCGACGCUGUAGAAGCAGAUCUGGUGGGGAGGGAAGCUGCAAAGAGUUCUCAAGAAGCACUUUUUGCUGUAGGAGCUGAACAGAAGGAGCAAGCGGGGGAGAAGAUAGAGGAGACGCAGAGACAUGAAGAAGAGAAUCAAGCAGGGCGUGAAGAAGAAGACGAGGAAGAAGAAGAGAGGGCUCCAAAAGAUUGCAUUUUGGAUGAAGCCGCGAAACCUCACACAAACCCACACGGAGAAGGAGAUGAGAAAGAGGAAGAGGAAGAAGAAGAAGAAGAAGAGCGGCAGAAGGACGAAGCUGAGUCUGAGUCGCAGAACAAAGCAGCAGUAGAAAUGGAGCUCAAAGCCGUAGAGGAGAAGGAGAAAGAAGGGGAAGAGGUGAAAUUCAGGAGAUCCAGCAGCUGCUCCUCCUCCUCUACAACCAGAGAAGAGAGGGGAACGGGGCGGUGCGGAGUGCGCAGGCGCGGCGGCUCCUCGUCGUCGCGCGAGAGGGACAAGAGGCGCCACAGCUUCUCGACCGAGAGGGACGCCCGCCGGCCCAGCUUCUCCAACGAACGGGAGGCCCGGAGAUCCAGCUUCUCCCUGGACAGAGCCGGGCGACGGAGGUGGAGCUUCUCCAUUGAGGGCGAGGGAUUGAAAGCGGAGAAGGCCUCGAAAGAAUUGAAGAAGGAAGGCAAGUUCUCUUCGGAUCUGGAGGGGGCAAAAGCGGAGGCUGGUAAUGAAGAUUACAUGAACACAGAGGAAACCCAGGCGGCGGGGGAAGAAGGUAGGCGAGAGGGCGAGGAGAAUGAAGGAAAAGAUGGAGGUGGAGAGGAGCAAACAGAGGAGAAGGUAGAGGAAGUGGAGGAGGAGGAUGAGGACGAAGAGGAAGAAGAGGAAGAAGGGGAGAAGAAAGGGGUAUUGCCGGAGUGCCUUCUGCUGAUGAUGUACGAGCCGAAGCUCUCGAUGGAGGUGUCGAAGGAGACGUGGGUCUGCAGCACCGAUUUCCUCAGAUGGCGGCCGCCGCACUACGGUCAGCAGCCCGGCGGCGGUGGCCAACCCUUGAAGGAAGGCGCAGUUGGCAAACCCAAAUCCAAAUCCAAACCCAAACCCAAAACCAAGCCCACCGCCAAGCCCAAACCUAAACGGAUAAGCGGCGGACAUGACCACCUCAAGGGCGGUGAGGAUAAGGGCCAGACCAAACCUGCUGUCUCGGCCCCUCAACCGCCGCCACUGCCGCACCCCCCAGUGGCAGCCACCGCAUUGGCGGUUGAGCAGAAGCUGAAGCUGGCGGUGCCAGCGCCCCCGCCUAUGGCGCCGUUCGGGCCGUUCGUACUAACGCGGUGCAAAUCGGAGCCAAUGAGGUCGUCGGCAAGGCUCGCGCCUGAUGCCUGCUUCUGGAAGGAGCGGCAUCGGCCCAUCGGCGCCGCCGGGAUCGGCUUCUAAGCCCGCCCGCCGGAUUGCUUCAUUGUCUACCCUCUUCAGGUGCUGGGCUCUGCAGAAAGAUGAAGCUUUUGCACUUGGCCGCUCCAUGAAUUAGCAUUUUACAGAAGAUGGGCAGGAUGGUCAUUUCAGCAAAUAAAUUUUGAUGGAAUACCUAAGUUUAGUAAAUUUGAAUUGCGGUGCAUUAUUAUCAAAAAAAAAAA